ACUGUUUGGUUGUGAGCUCGUCGUUGUUGUUGAUUGAAUCGGGAUUUAAAUAAAGCGUGGAAAAGACCGUGCGCGCGCGCGCGACCUCGCUGGCUCCCCCCCCGGGUUGAACUUUGAACCUCAUCCACCUCAGGGAGCAGCGACUCAUCCUACCGCGCUGCUCAAACCGCACGAGGAGCGAAAUAAAGUCAUCACGAGAGAAGGAGUAGGAUGGGUGGGGGGAACCUCAGCAAAACCUGAUGGCUCAAACUCCACGGACGUCGUGAUUUUUUUACCGGGCUGAUUUAAAUGCUCUCGCGGCGGCUGUUGUAGUGGGUUUUUAUUCUCGGGAGAAAAACUGCCCUCCGGAAAAACGAGCAAACAAACAAACAAAAAGUGGAGAUGUUUGACGUGAAAUUUCUCGCCGCGUGCGCGCUGGCUCUGAGUGCGGUCACCCACGGCGCUGAGGUGGCUGGGCGGAAUGGACAGGGAUUUCUGGAGAAUAUUUUACACUUUUACGGUGAGAAUAAAUCAAUUACGACAGCGAAGCUUGAAGAUAUGCUGCUGUUGAUCUCAGCCAGGAGGUCUGAGUCAAUAAGUGAAGGAAAUCCGCUGGAAAGCAAAGAGUGUCCCUCAGCGGAGCAGAUUUUGUCCCACUUUGGCUUCAGUAACAUCACUGAGCUGACCGUGGGACACCUGGGGCGGAUCUGUCCCGCCGUGUUGACCCAGGUGCUGCUGCCCUCCUGCCCCUACGUCAACCCGAUAACUGUGCCCUCCGUCGACUACUCUGUGUGGGGUUAUGGAUUUCUGGCUGUUACCAUCAUCAACCUGGCGUCCCUUCUUGGUCUGCUGCUGAUCCCCUUCACCAAGAAGCCUUAUUUCCCUCAAGUGUUGACUUACUUUAUAGGCCUCGCCAUCGGGACUCUCUUUUCCAAUGCUGUGCUUCAGCUCAUACCAGAGGCUCUGGGUUUUGAUCCUAAAGCAGAUGACUACGUGGCAAAGGCAGUUGGCAUAUUUGGAGGAUUUUACCUUUUAUUUUUUGUGGAAAAAAUACUGAAAAUGUUUCUCGGGAUUGGCCUCGAGCACGGCCACAGCCACUUCACUCCCGCUGACCCGCCUCAGGAAAACAGCGUCCAGAACGGAGACGCUCGGGUGAAAAGCGACUCUGUGGUGUUGACCAACAUCGCCACCGUUUCUACGGAUAAGAGCGGUCCGGCUGUCGAGCCCCAACAGGACGCCCAGGUGUCGGAAGUGACGUGUCACUGGCUGCGCGGGAAGCGCAUCGCCAGCAUCAAGACGGUGGCCUGGAUGAUAUCUCUGAGCGACGCCGUGCACAACUUCAUCGACGGCCUGGUCAUCGGCGCGUCGUUCACCGUGUCCGUUCUGACGGGGUUCAGCACGUCCACCGCCAUCGUUUGCGAGGAGUUUCCCCAUGAGCUGGGCGACUUUGUUAUCCUGCUGAAUGCUGGAAUGAGCGUCCCGCAGGCCGUUUUCUUCAACCUGCUGUCGGCAAUGUCCUGUUAUGUCGGCCUCGUGUUCGGCAUCCUGCUUGGAAACAGCUUUGCCCCGAAUCCUAUCUUUGCCAUCGCGGGAGGAAUGUUCCUGUAUAUUGCACUAGCAGACAUGUUUCCAGAAAUGGACAGUAUAGCAAAGGAGCAGCAAAAAACUUCAAGCAAGAUCGUUUUCUUUCUGAUCCAGAAUGCCGGGCUGCUCACCGGCUUCGCCAUCAUUCUGCUGAUCACCAGGUUCGCUGGGAACAUCAACCUGGGAUAGGAGAGGAAAACAGAAAUCCUCACACGGUGCCUUUAUUUUUGUUUCUGCUCACACACAGGUUGGAGUGAGUGUGAACGUAAAAUGAAUGUCUGUACAAACUAAACCAAGUGUUGAAUGGUUCAAAACUGAACUUUUAUACCUUUUUUUUUUUUUUUGGGACUAUCAAUCUAGUGGAAUGUUUUCUCCAUAAGAAGGGAACUUUUAUACAAUCAACAUGUAAAAAAGAAAAAAAAAUCAAGAACAUUUAUCUUAAAGAAACAAUAAAUUAUUUUUAGUCUUCAAAUGUGAAAUGGUUUGCAUUUACCUAAUGUGUGCUGUGUACAAUUUAUUAAAUACUGGUGAUUUUUAGCUCUGCUUCAUACAGUUUUUUAAACUCUAUUCUGAAACAACUUCUGCAUUCUGGCAUUAUUUGAGUUUUGUUUUCUUGCUCCCACAAACUUUCAAAGGCAUGUUUGGUUCAUUCCUAUGCACAUUUUUGAUUAUAUUGAUUUGUUUUGGGACUCUUGGAAAUGAUCAAAGUGUACAUAAACAUAGACUUUUCUAUAUAAAAUAAAUAGUUUGAUGAAUUGUUUAUGCACACGGUAUAUGCUCUCUGCAGUACUAAAACUAUUGGAACUGAUAUCAGCAAUCUCUGCUAAUCAAAGCAAGAACAGCCUCUACAAAAAAAGAUUGAGCUUUUAAUAUAUCGACGUAGGUUACGGAAGACCAUCCCUGCUGCAAUAGCUGGAACUGAAACGUAAGCGAAGCUACAAAUGCUAAUAUCUUGGACCAGUAGACCUCAACUCUGAAAUAUUGUGUCUUUAGUGCUUAAAUGCCAACUGUGAUUAUGUUCGGCAAUGUUACUUCUCUAACCUGGUAAGUUGGAAAAUUGCGUAACACUGUCACUUCUAACCUUGUUAAAUUACUAAGUCAUAAUUAGCCAUAAUGAAGUUGCAUUAAUAUCACUAGUAGGUUUUACGUUCAUGCUCUCCUGCAGGAGCCUGAACUUCCAUACUCUUAAUUUCUCUUUUUGUUGUUUUUGUACACAUUUAAUUUUCUUUUGGUUGUGUUUGUUGCUGCUUUCUAUAGUGACUAGGGACUUAAACCCACUACCUUGCAUUAUGUUAGCAAUGCACACUUUUAAUUGUGUUUUCCGUGUUUUGAUCCUUCUGUUCCCCGAGGAUCUUAUUGUAUCAAAAAUAAAAACAGAGCAUUUGAAUCUUAGUUUUGACAAUAUUGUACAGCAAAGCCUUACUAUUUUUUAUUUCAUUGCAUCAUCUUGGUAUUCAGCGGCCAUCUGACUCAAAUGUUUGGUACCAUAUGUCAAUAAGAUAAAAAAAUUGAUGUGUA